UAAUAAUAGGCGAUGUUUGCAAAGUAAUUUGCCUCUUCCUUGGCCAAUGGGAGACGGAGCACUUUUCCAUCAAACCUCCCUUUUCAGGAUCUGUCGAGAGGCGAGCUCCUCCAAAUGUUACCGCUACACGGCCGGAGUGAGACUUGACGCCUCAGCCUCUACUCCUACUCCUACUACUACUACUCCUACUUGUACUACUGCUACUCUCCGAGGCGUCGUUUCCACAGCGAUCCGGACGAAUGAAGACUGAAGGAUCUAUUUCGGCGCAUAAUGUUGGGAUGGAGUUUCGAGACUUGUUUGGCUCCAUGGAAGACUAGAGAAGGUUCUCCUGACUCGGAUGCGCUCUUCUUCUAUGGUGGAUUAUUAUUACGAUUAUUGUCGCGCUCGCUGAGAUUCGCUUCGCUCCUCUCGCUCCGAUCACCCUCGUCGGACUAUGGCCUCGGAUCUCGGGGUCCCAGGGGCCGGCGUCUUUGGAGAUUUACCCCCGAGUUACACGCGAUCGCAGCCGCCAGCGAACCCGGACCUGCUCCGGAGACCCAGCUACUGCCACGCCGCUUUCGCACUUAAACAGAUCUCCAAGGGUAAGGCAGUAGGUCAGAAAGCCCCUCUGUGGAUCCGCGCCAGGUUCCAGGCCCUGCUCUUCUCUUUGGGCUGCCACAUCCAGAGGCACUGUGGCAAGGUGCUCUUUAUCGGACUCUUAGUGUUCGGAGCUCUUUCCGUCGGACUGCGAGUGGCCGCCAUCGAGACUGACAUCGAACAGCUAUGGGUGGAAGCUGGCAGUCGGGUGAGCCAGGAGCUUCGCUACACCAGAGAAAAGCAAGGAGAGGAGUCGGUGUUUACCUCACAAAUGCUCAUUCAGACUCCCAAAGAAGAAGGCACUAAUAUUCUGACCCAGGAAGCUCUGCUGGUUCACAUGGAAGCGGCCCUCUCCGCCAGCAAGGUCCAGGUGUCACUGUUUGGAAAGUCGUGGGAUCUUAACAAAAUAUGCUAUAAAUCCGGAGUCCCGAUCAUAGAAAACGUCAUGAUUGAACGAAUGAUUGACAAGCUUUUCCCUUGUAUGAUAAUCACACCGCUGGACUGUUUUUGGGAAGGUGCUAAACUGCAGGGUGGCUCCGCCUACUUACCGGGUAUGCCUGAUAUCCAGUGGAUGAAUCUGGAUCCAGUGAAACUGAUGGAGGAGCUGAGUCAGUUCACCUCACUGGAAGGAUUUAAAGAGAUGCUGGAUAAAGCUCAGGUGGGCCAUGCCUACAUGAACAGGCCUUGUUUAGACCCCUCAGAUCCUGACUGCCCCCACAGUGCACCAAACAAAGAGCCUGCAGAGAGCCCAGACAUUGCUGGGCGUCUCCAGGGUGGUUGCCAUGGUUUCAGCCGGAAGUUCAUGCACUGGCAGGAGGAGUUGAUUCUGGGAGGACGGGUGAAGAACAACCAGGAAAAUCUACUCCGCGCCGAGGCUCUCCAAACUAUGUUCUUGUUGAUGAGUCCCAAGCAGCUGUAUGAGCACUUUAAAGACGACUACGAGAUCCAUGACAUCAACUGGAAUGAGGAAAAAGCAACUGCCAUCCUGGAGUCUUGGCAGAGGAAGUUUGUGGAGGUGGUCCAUCAGAGUAUCCCAGACAACUCCAGUCAAUCCCUGCACGCCUUCUCUACCACCACGCUCAAUGACAUCAUGAAAUCCUUCUCGGAUGUCAGUGUGAUCAGAGUGGCAGGAGGAUACCUUCUGAUGUUGGCGUACGCAUGUGUGACCAUGCUGAGGUGGGAUUGUGCCAAAUCCCAAGGGGCUGUUGGCCUCGCUGGGGUGCUGUUGGUGGCCUUGUCUGUGGCCUCAGGAUUGGGUCUUUGCUCUCUGCUCGGACUCUCCUUCAAUGCUGCCACCACUCAGGUGCUUCCCUUCCUGGCUCUUGGGAUUGGCGUGGAUGACAUGUUUUUGUUGGCUCACUCCUUCACAGAGGCUGGAAGCAACAUCCCUUUUAAGGAAAGGACAGGCGAUUGCUUGCGCAGGACUGGAACCAGUGUUGCCCUGACGUCUAUCAACAAUAUGAUUGCUUUCUUCAUGGCAGCGCUCGUACCCAUCCCGGCACUGCGAGCCUUCUCUUUGCAGGCGGCCAUUGUGGUUGUGUUUAACUUUGCCAUGGUGCUGCUCAUCUUCCCGGCCAUCCUCAGUUUGGACCUUCACCGGCGUGAGGACAAGCGCCUGGACGUACUGUGCUGCCUGUACAGCACCUGCUCCGACCGUGUUAUCCACCUUUCUCCCAGCGAGCUGUCAGAUGCCGGAGAGCAGCAGCAUACGCCAACGGCAGCGACGGCGCACGCACACCAAUAUACUGGAGGGUCAACUAUUACCACCAGCACCCAGAUCACGACCACGGUGCAGGCGUUCACUCAGUGCGAUGCAGCCGGACAGCAUAUUGUCACAAUCCUGCCACCAACGUCUCAGAUCUCAACAAGCCCUCCGUCCUUCAUUGUCUGUCCCACAUCCCAGCCCCAAGCUGUCCCACCAACACCCACUACCUCUGUACCGGACCCUUAUGGCUCCCAGCUUUUCACCCCAACCUCCAGCUCGACACGAGACCUCCUCGCACAGGUGGAGGACUCCAAAUCGGGGAAAAAGUGUGUCCCUCUACCUUUCCUGCACUGGAACUUGUCUGACUUUGCCAGAGAGAAAUACGCCCCUCUGCUUCUCAAACCCAAGAGCAAGGCCAUAGUGGUUGUUCUCUUUUUGGGCCUGCUUGGUCUGAGCCUCUACGGGACCACAAUGGUGCACGAUGGACUCUAUCUGACUGACAUCGUGCCGCGCGACACCAAGGAAUACGACUUCAUCGAUGCCCAGUUCAAGUACUUCUCCUUUUACAACAUGUACCUGGUGACAACGGACGGCUUUGAUUACGCUCGGUCACAAAGGCUGCUGAUCCAACUGCACAACGCCUUCAACUCCGUCAAAUAUGUGGUCAGGGACAGCAACAACAAACUACCCCACAUGUGGCUGCACUACUUUCAAGACUGGCUCAGAGGCCUUCAGUCUGCUUUUGAUGCUGACUGGCUGGCGGGGAGGAUUACCUCUGACAGCUACCGUAAUGGCACCGAGGAUGGCGCUCUGGCUUACAAGCUGCUGAUCCAAACCGGCUCCAAGAAAGAGCCUUUUAACUACAGCCAGCUGACGUCCCGACGACUAGUGGAUGGAGAGGGUCUGAUCCCCCCAGAGGUCUUCUACAUUUACCUGACAGUUUGGGUCAGCAACGAUCCCCUGGGUUACGCUGCCUCCCAGGCCAACUUCUAUCCCCACCCCCGCGAAUGGAUUCAUGACAAGUAUGACACCACUGGAGAGAAUCUGCGCAUUCCAGCUGCAGAGCCUCUGGAGUUUGCUCAGUUUCCUUUCUAUUUAAACGGCCUCAGGCAGGCCAGCGACUUUGUGGAGGCCAUCGAGAGUGUGAGGGCCAUCUGUGAGGAGUUUAGCCGCAAGGGAGUCUUCAACUACCCCAACGGAUACCCUUUCUUAUUCUGGGAGCAGUACAUCGGCCUGAGACACUGGUUCCUGCUGUCCAUCAGUGUGGUGUUGGCUUGUACCUUCCUGGUCUGUGCCAUCCUCCUGCUCAAUCCCUGGACAGCUGGCAUCAUCGUGUUUAUCUUGGCAAUGAUGACGGUGGAGCUGUUUGGCAUCAUGGGACUGAUUGGCAUCAAGCUCAGCGCCAUCCCUGUGGUCAUCCUCAUCGCCUCUGUUGGCAUCGGCGUGGAGUUCACCGUUCACAUUGCGCUGGGCUUUCUGACUGCCAUUGGCAACAGGAACAAGCGAUCAGCGGUGGCUCUGGAGCACAUGUUCGCCCCGGUGGUUGACGGAGCCAUUUCCACGCUGCUGGGUGUGCUUAUGCUGGCGGGGUCCGAGUUUGACUUCAUCAUGAGGUACUUCUUUGCUGUUCUGGCCAUCCUGACUCUCCUGGGCAUGCUGAAUGGCUUGGUGCUCCUGCCAGUCCUCCUGUCCAUGACCGGUCCUCCGGCGGAGGUCAGCCCCGUGGACAACGCCAGUCGCUUGCCGACCCCGUCCCCGGAGCCGCUGCCUCCACCGAUGGCCCACCACGGAUACUACACCGGGCACUACAACCCGCGUUCGGCUCGUCAACAAGCCUUUUCAGAAACCUCCGAUUCUGAGUACUACUCUGAGGUGACCACCACGUCAGGGAUCGGCGAGGAGGAGUACAAGUACUGCGACCGGAGCAACUACAUAGCAUCCAACGCUCCGCCAGCAUCCCACAUCUUGUUGGAGGCCAGCAAGAACCCCACCUUCCCGAAGUUAACGGUGGUGAAGCCGUUCAAGGAGAGCUCGGGCACGGAUGGAAAGAUUGAGCCAUCGAGUGAAUCAUACACUUCACCGUCAGCCCUCAACUCCCAGGUGACGUGCUGGGAUGGACCCAAGCAGCAGGGCCAACACCCACCCGGCGACAGAGCUCACUUCCCAGGCAGGACUUGCUCAAGCGGCAACAGAUUUCAGAGCGGCAGAGGGCCUCAGCCAAACAGGACUAAAGGGCCGAGCUACACCUCUGCGCUGCCUCUGCAGCAGAGCUCCGCGGGGGGGCCCGUCACUAUGGUGACAGCCACCGCCUCCGUAACAGUGGCUGUGCAUCCAACCUUGCCAGGAGCGGCAUACCAGGGCUACAUGCAUGAAGGUUUUGACACGGACAGCGAGUCUGACUGCUUUGAGGCCGCUCGCAGGACUUGUGGUGACAAAACAAACUUUCCCUCAUUUAAGAGAGACUCUUUAGAGCUGCAGGACCUGGAGGCGCCGCAUCAUCACACUGAGCUCAGUAGGACACAAGGUGGGUUGAGGAUCUCGGCAGCCAAAGAUUGCUAGAACCCCGUCCCCCCCCCCCCCGACUCCGUCUCACUCAGCGUGCUGGCUGCCCUCUCUGAGCACCUUGAUGCCAACAUGGCAUCACAUCACGUCCUUCACAGAAUCACAGAGGAGGAUCUAUUUCCUGUUUGGAGAAUUUAUGUAAAUCUAUGAGUAUAUAUUUUAAUACUAAAAAAGAGGGAAGCUAUUUAAAAGAGUACUGUAUAACUUGAGUAUUACUCUCGUGUAAAACUUCAGCUGUAAAAGAUUAUUUUAGUAGUGGGGGCGCUGGUGGGUGUACUCCCCCUCCCCCCCCUCUACACGGUGUAUAGAAUAAUAAAUGUGUUAUAUGUACAAAGUGUUCAGAGAAAGUGAGAUGCUAUUAAGAUAUUGGGCGAUUGAACCGACGUGGUCAGUGUUUUAUUUGUAUUUGUGUUUUGCUGCUACACUUGGAGAAUACUUUUAAGUGAUUUGCCUUAAAGAUGCAGUACCCCCUCAUCCCUCUCCCCACUCAAGAUGUUACACUUCUACAUUUGACACACGAGUAUUUUUGGUGCACUAUGUUACAUUGCAGAUGUUUGUCGUGCCUUCUCCCUCAUGUCAGUAUUAAGCCUCCAGGAAAUGUGCUGCGUCCACACUGCUGUGUUUUUAUUUUAUUCUUGCGCUACUCUCUACACCCCUUCAUGACUCCAUUUUUAAACAUUUCACUGCUUAUAAAGUCUUUAACAAACACCACGGUCAUGUAUUAUUAUCGAGGAACGUCACUGGCGAGUUGAAAUGAAAACCUUGCCGUGUGGACGUGGCCCUAACAUUCUCUAUGAAUAUUCCUUCUCACAAGUGUCGUUGCAGUUCUACUUGAAGGAGACAAGUGUUUUCAACUGCUGUUUUGUUUCUCACAGACACAACGCUGUGUUGUUUUAAAAAGGGAAUUUUUAUGUAACGUAAAGGGAGAUUUUUCUUUUCUUUGCCGGCUGCUUUGGGGUUGCCGCGACCCUGUGCAAUGAUCCUCAACACACCCGGGCUCUUCCUUAGUCUUUCUCCUCACUCUUCUCGCUUCAUUACGUGUGCUCUGGUCUCAUCACUGCCAGAUUUAAUUGCAGGGAAAACAAACCUCGCAGACUUUUUUUUUUUAAUUCUCCACAAGUGGCAGCUUCGUUUUCUUUUGUACAUAUAAAAGAAAAGUAGCCAAUGUGCAGUUGUGAAUAAUCUAGCUGAAACAAACAAGGCACCAUAGACAGUUUGUGUCGGGGCAAAGGUUGAGGGGGAAUUCAUGCAUUGUAGUUUAUUUCAAGAAAAAAAAAUAUUGUUAAUACCAUGCCAUAUAAAUUAUUUAUAUUAAAAUUUUAUUUUUGUAGUUUGUACAGAUGUUAGUAUCUAGACUGAAGUUCUAUUUUUAAAGAGUAAAUAUAUAUUAUAUAUAAAUAUAUCUAUUUGUUGCUGAGUUUGAUUUUGUUUUGUUGUUUCUUUUUUGGGGAAGGGGCCGGGUCAUGACCUUUUUGUUUUGUUUGUUUGUUUGUGUUGGUGGGAGGGGCAGGAAGUUAGAGGACCAUGAAGGAGAAGGUGUCACUGUCACACCUUGUUUUUAAGAUUUCUGUUGACCCUUCCUUCUUCUUUGUUGUUUUGAAAUGUCCGUUGUCUAAAACACUGUGACUUCUAAGAACUAUGCUCAAGAGAAUCCUUGUGUGACCGUGAUGUUCCCUCACCUGCUAUAGAAGUUGGACUAACAAAAUAAAUCUA